AACCAACUGAGCCACCCAGGCGCCCAAUUUUUAUAACAUUUCUAAGAAUGUGUCCUACAAAGCAGGUAAAUGGAGGGUAGUCCAUUCUUGAAUUCAUGCCCUGAAUACGUAAUUACUCCAGAUUCCUUCAGACCUAACAGAGUCGGUCAUGGACAAGUGAUGCUUCAUUCUAUCUGCGAGUUAUCAAAAGCUAAAAUGCUCUUUAUUCAUGUUCGCAGUCAUUUCUAGACUAUCUGCCAGGCACAGACAGGUAAACAGUAAGUAUAUAACAGAGGUAUAUGUUCAAGGUACAGUAGAGAGUAUUUUUGCCAGGUACAGGAGGUGAUAGAGAUUUUGGGGUAUCUCAAGGGAUCCCUGAGGAGAUUUUAAAGGAUAAAUAAGUGUUUGUAUUUGGACAAAGAAGCUUCAAAUAGCUCGGUAUCAUUUGGACAUAAGGUGUAUGUAGAAGAUGAGAUAGCAGGAAAUCAAAUUACUCUGAUAGGUCCAUGAUGAAAGAAGAUAUAUGUCAUGCUAAAGAGCUUAGAGUUUGACCCAUCAACAGUUUUCAUGGCAAUUAAGCAAUAUGACAGUGAAUAUAGAGGAUGUUGGUUUGGAGAAUAACAAGACUGGUGUGAGAGACAAAGGAGAAGUAUCUUGCAUUAGUAGAGCAGAAAAUGAAAGGCCUAAAACAGAUAGUGGCAAUGGGAAGGAAAGUAAGAGGACAGAUUCAGGGAGAGUGAAAUGUAGAUAGACAGGCCUUUAGGAACAGUGAAGAGCAGGGGAAUUUUUGUGGUUUCUGGCUUUGUUAGUUUAUUUGGGGAUGUAUCAUAGGAGACAGAAAUAGGUUGAAUUUUAACUCUCUAUAGAGCAUACACAUGUGCAUGCCUAUUUAAGUCUAAAACUUGGUAUGUUUUAGACUUAAAACUUGGUAUGGACUGUCAGGGCCACAGAUGAGGGUUUAGAUAUAAUCAUCAUCUGGAAUGUGAGCUAGUAUGAAGGUUGGGACCAGAUCUUACUUGUUACUUACUAUACCUUCUGCAUCUAGCACAUAGGAAGACUCAGUACAUUUUUGCUAAGUAGUUAAAACAUUGGAAUUUGAGGAAAUUGCUUUAGAGUAAGGGCUGAAGAUGGAAGAACUAACCCCAGUGGAAAUUUGAAUAGGUUUGUAGGCCUCGAGAAGGAGGAGUGAUAAUUAGGAGAGCUGGGCUAAUCCCCCUUAGUAGGCAAAUGGUAACUGAGGAGAGCUUCAACCACAGUGGGAGUAUGAGUCCUAGGUAGGGUAUAUGGAGCCAAAUAUAGAAGCAGAUCAUAGCCAACUAGACAGUGUGAGAUGGAGUCUAAUCCAAAGGAGGAGAGCUAAGCAAAGAGGAAAUGCCAGUAUGAAACCACUGGGACAGAGUUUGAAGGGGUGUCUUUGUGGACAGUGGUUCAGAGUGGAAAUGGGGAGUCAAACCUUCAGCACAAUCUGAGAGGUUGGUUAAUUCAGUUUCUUCCACAUAAGGUGUAGGUAUCCUGAGGAUUCUUAAAGAGGCAGCUUUGGAGCAAACAGAGGUAGGAAUCAAGAGCAAAGAAGGAGGGAAGUCUCUUCAGGAAUGAAGUAAGAAUGAAUGAAGGUAUAGAUAUUUACAGAUAGGAGUAAUAAAGUAGGUGGGGAUGACUUUCCUUCUGUGUUUUAGGCAAGACAAGGAUGAGGUUAGGUUAUUCUAAUGCAAAAAAAUGUUUACUUUGUCUUCUAGGCUUGUGAGAAGGUUGGCAUGCAGAUCCCUCGAUUCUGUUAUCAUGAAAGAUUGUCUGUUGCUGGAAACUGCAGGAUGUGCCUGGUUGAAAUUGAGAAAGCUCCUAAGGUUGUAGCUGCUUGUGCCAUGCCAGUAAUGAAAGGUUGGAAUAUCCUGACAAACUCAGAGAAAUCUAAGAAAGCCAGAGAAGGUGUGAUGGAGUUCUUGUUAGCAAAUCACCCACUGGACUGUCCUAUUUGUGACCAGGGAGGUGAAUGUGAUCUGCAGGACCAGUCCAUGAUGUUCGGAAGUGAUAGGAGCCGAUUUUUAGAGGGGAAACGUGCUGUGGAGGACAAGAAUAUUGGGCCAUUGGUAAAGACCAUCAUGACUAGAUGUAUACAAUGUACUCGCUGCAUCAGGUUUGCAAGUGAGAUUGCAGGAGUAGAUGAUUUGGGAACAACAGGCAGAGGAAAUGAUAUGCAAGUUGGCACGUACAUUGAAAAGAUGUUCAUGUCUGAACUGUCUGGAAAUGUCAUUGAUAUCUGCCCUGUAGGUGCCCUGACCUCUAAGCCCUAUGCUUUUACUGCCCGCCCUUGGGAAACAAGAAAGACAGAAUCCAUUGAUGUCAUGGAUGCGGUUGGAAGUAAUAUUGUGGUAAGCACAAGAACAGGAGAGGUGAUGAGGAUUUUACCAAGGAUGCAUGAGGACAUCAAUGAAGAGUGGAUCUCUGAUAAAACCAGAUUUGCCUAUGAUGGGCUAAAACGUCAAAGACUUACCGAGCCGAUGGUCAGAAAUGAAAAGGGGCUUUUAACCUAUACCUCCUGGGAGGAUGCACUCUCUCGUGUAGCUGGAAUGUUGCAGAGUUUUCAAGGCAAUGAUGUGGCAGCAAUUGCAGGUGGCUUGGUGGAUGCCGAAGCCCUAAUAGCUCUCAAAGAUUUGCUUAAUAGAGUGGACUCUGACACCUUGUGCACGGAAGAGGUCUUCCCCACUACAGGAGCUGGCACAGAUUUGCGUUCCAGUUAUCUUCUUAAUACUACAAUUGCUGGUGUGGAAGAGGCAGAUGUUGUCCUUCUGGUUGGUACAAAUCCACGUUUUGAGGCACCACUAUUUAAUGCUAGAAUUCGAAAGAGCUGGCUUCACAAUGACUUAAAAGUGGCCCUUAUUGGCAGCCCAGUGGAUCUCACUUAUAGAUAUGACCAUCUGGGAGAUUCUCCCAAAAUUCUUCAAGACAUUGCUUUCGGUAGCCAUCCAUUCAGCCAGGUAUUACAUGAAGCUAAAAAACCAAUGGUGGUUGUAGGCAGUUCUGCACUCCAGAGAAGUGAUGGGGCAGCAAUUCUUGAAGCUAUUUCCAACAUUGCUCAAAAGAUUCAGAUGAGUAGUGGUGUUACUGGUGAUUGGAAAGUUAUGAAUAUCCUUCAUAGGUAUGUUGGUUGUCCUUUCCAUCUUUUCGCAGGACAUCAUGGUGACGUUGGCGCUCCUAUAGCUGAUGUUAUUCUCCCAGGCGCUGCUUACACAGAGAAAUCUGCUACUUAUGUCAAUACUGAGGGCCGAGCUCAGCAGACUAAAGUAGCAGUGACACCUCCUGGCUUGGCAAGAGAAGACUGGAAAAUUCUAAGAGCCCUCUCUGAGAUUGCAGGUAUGACUCUUCCAUAUGAUACUCUGGAUCAAGUAAGGAACAGAUUGGAAGAAGUCUCUCCUAAUCUUGUCCGAUAUGAUGAUGUCGAAGGAGCCAAUUAUUUCCAGCAAGCAAAUGAGCUCUCUAAGCUAGUGAACCAACAGCUUCUUGCUGAUCCACUUGUUCCACCUCAGCUAACAAUAAAAGACUUCUACAUGACAGACUCAAUUAGCAGAGCUUCACAGACAAUGGCCAAAUGUGUAAAAGCUGUCACGGAGGGUGCCCAGGCAGUAGAGGAACCAUCCAUAUGCUGAAACUUCUACUAGGAACCCCAUUUUGUUACAAAUAAUUAAUGGACAGUUAUGUUGGAAUGAUCUCCUACAGGUUUAUUCUUUAAAAAAUAAUCUGAAUGAUGUAAUAUUUAAGGUCGUACCUUGCUUAUUUGAAAAUGAUACUGCAAUUAUCAGUGAACUUUGAGGUUUCAAAGACAUUUAUGUAUUGUGUGUAAACGUUAAAUUGUUUAAUAAACAAUGUAUACAGAUGCUUUUUCACAUAAAAGUAUUGGCAAUCUUUGUGACACAUACAAAGAAAAUUCUUAAAAUACGAGUUUUUGUUCAUUUUCAUUGAUCAUUUAUGUUUGUAAAAUGUAUGAAAUAAGAGCUUCCAUUAGGACCCACUGGUAGUUUCUAGCACUCAAGGAAAGAUUUGAGCAUUCUGUCAAGCUGGGUAAAUAGAAAAAAUAUGUGUAACAUAAUCACACAUCAGAUGCGUAUCUUGGACAACUAUAAAUAAUAAUAAUCAUAAUAAUGAUAGAUAAUGAUUAUUUAGCUUUUUCUGUGUGCUAAGCACUCUGGUUUUACAUGCAUUAUCUUGUUUUGUCCUUGCCACAACUCUGAGGUAGUGUUACCUCAUUUUAUAGAUGAAGAAACUGAAGCCUAGGGAUAUUUGGUAGCUUGCCCAAGGUCACAGAAAAAUAGUCAAGGACUCCAGCCUAGUUCUCUCUGACUCCAAAGCUCAUUGUUCUUACCUGCUAUACAUAAUUCCCUCCCAUUAAUACAGAUCUUAUAGGUUGUUACUUCUAAGAAUUAGCAUUGAGAAUCUUAAUGGAUAGUACAUUUUUCUGUUUUCUCUUGAAUCUGUUUAUAGAUCAUGGUGAUUUAUAUGACAUUUUUCUUUGUAUAAGAGAUUACACACACAUGCAUCACUGGAGUGAUGGAGUUAAGGGAUGUAAUUUAGGUCUUUGUUGAUGUUCCAUAUUCAUUAUAUUAACCAUCUGCACUUUUAAGUCAACUAAACUAUUCCAAUAAUAGAAGACAAAGCUAAAAGCUUUCAUAAUUUUCAGUUGUCAAAACAAAAAGGAGGUAAAAUUUUAUAAUUGAUCUAGGAGAUAAUUUAAAGCCAUAUUAAAUGUUUUUCAGAAUCUAUGGUCAGAAUCCUUUUGUUGUGUAAUCCUUAUUCCUGCUUUCACUAAAGACUUAGCCCAAUUAUAGGAUGCGAUAUUCCUGAUACAACAAUAAGAUUUUUUAAAUAGUAGUAUGUCAUCGAUACUUUAUCUUCAAAAAGAUAAAUUAUACAGAAUUUGUCACCUGUAACAGUUUUUUCCGAACUGUUUAUUUUUUCAUUAGCAAUACAUUAUGAAGUGUAUUUUGCUUAAAGUACUUAAAAUUCUAAGUUGCCUGAAAUUGUACAAAUUCUUGCUGAAAGUCUUUGAAUUCAGUACAAACUUUCUGUCCUCCUCUACUUUCUUUAUCCCUUAGCACUGUAGCUGACCUCAAGGGGGCAUAUGCUUCCAGUUUUGUAUUCUACACAGUACUUUUCAGUGAACAUGUGUAGACUUCAUAGGCCUGUUGGUGAGGGAAUAUUGUGUUCAAAUGGAGAAGAGGUGGUGUACAACCACGAUGGUCCAGAAUCCUUGGGCUGCCAUCUAGGCAACAUGUGUUGAACUUAUAAUUUUAUAAAGAAUACCUUGUCUGGGGUAAGUAGUGCUCAAUAAAAUUGGCUGGUUUUUACAUGAA